AUGGCCGCAGCCCUGGAACAGUACGUAAAUACCGUACAAAAUUUGUCAUCACAAGGGAAUUUUUCACAGCUCUGUGAAUUUAUUGGAAAAAGUGCAGAGGCCUUGGCAAAAAAUGCUAAUCAUUUGGACAAUGUACUGGCGACUCUCGAUAUCCAGCAACACUCCCUAGGAAUACUCGGCAUCCUAUGUGUGAAGUACAACCUGCCUAAUAUACCAGACUUUGAGACAUUGUUCGUUCAGACACAAGAAUUUAUCAAUGACUGCCAUGGGGAACAUGUUAGAUAUGCCACAGACAGUUAUGCAGAUUUAUGUCACAAGUUUACCCAAAAUCUGGUGGAAAAGAAACAGCCAAUGAGAGGAAUUCUGAUUCUGGUAAAAGCCAUCAACAAGAUUCAGCUCUACCCUGCCCAGCUGACCUCUAUACAUGCUGAUCUCUGUCAGUUAUGCCUGUUGUCAAAGAACAUGAAGCCAGCCUUACAGUUCUUAGAUACAGAUAUCACAGAUGUCAGUAAAGAGGGAGGCCAUUAUGAUGCCAAAGAUUUUCUGUUAUAUUAUUAUUAUGGAGGAAUGAUCUACACAGCUCUGAAGAACUAUGAAAAAGCUCUGUAUAUGUAUGAAAUAGCAAUAACAACACCCAGUAUGGCUGUCAGUCAUAUCAUGUUAGAAGCUUACAAAAAGUACAUCCUUGUUGCUCUUAUUCUACAUGGAAAGGUUCCCAAUCUACCAAAAUAUAUAUCACAGGUAGUCACAAGAUAUAUAAAGCCAUUAUGCCAGGCUUACCAUGAUUUGGCUUUGACUUACGGAUCUAACACGCCCUCCGAGUUACGAGCCACAGUAAACAAGUAUCAGGAAACCUUCACCAGGGAUAACAAUAUGGGCUUGGUAAAACAAUGUAUUACCUCACUUUACAAGAAAAAUAUUCAAAGAUUAACAAAGACAUUUUUAACACUAUCUUUGGCCGAUAUGGCUAAUCGAGUACAAUUAGCCAGUCCUAAAGAAGCAGAAAAAUAUGUUCUACACAUGAUAGAAGAUGGUGAAAUAUUUGCCUCUAUUAAUCAAAAAGAUGGUAUGGUCAGUUUCCAUGACAACCCAGAGCAGUACAAAAGUGCUGGCAUGCUACUACAAUUAGAUAAAGAGAUGCAGAAAGCUAUUCUGUUAGAGGAAAAACUACGAGAAAUGGACAGAGAAAUUGCAGUUAAUCCUCAGUUUGUUCAAAAGAGUUCUGGUUCUCACGAAGAUGAUUUACCAGGAAGCUCAAUAAAAGGUCAAGGAUAUUAACAGAGAAUGAUACCUCAGUUAUAGUGCUAUUUUGUAAAGGACUGGUAUAUUGUGUGACUUCUGUCACAUGUGUAAGCCAUUAAGGUGUAAUAAAAUUUCACUUGUCAAAAGAAA